CGGAAAUGUAGUUCUCUCCUCUGUCAGGGUGAGGAAUGUGGCGCGAUACACCCUGGCAACGCUGUGUGAAUACAAACAAAUUCAAGAAAAAAAUCAAUAAGUAGCUGCUUUUUUCUUUUCUUAUAACUACAAUUCAUAGGAGUUUUCUGUUUUUGAACUUCACCACGUGAGAAAAAAGCAGUUUUCUGGGAGAACAUGCCUCGUAGACGACAGAGACCUAUGGCAGGAAGUGGGUCCGAUGCAACGGAGGACUCUGAGGAUUCUUCUGCUGAAAGAGAUCAGGCCAACAGCUCAGAAAGUGAUGGAAACAUGCCGAAGAGACAGCGGCUCACCAGAGCUUCCACCCGCCUUAGCCAGAGCUCUCAGGAUACACCAGACUUGAAGCGAGCUGCAGACCACGAUGAGUCUCCACCACUCACACCCACAGGAAAUGCUCCCUCGUCUGAAUCGGAGCUGGACAUCUCCAGUCCCAAUGCUUCUCAUGAUGAGAGCCAGUCCAAAGACCAGAAUAACAGAGACUCUGAUAAAGACCUCUCUCAUCGACCAAAACGCCGCCGCUGCCAUGAAACGUACAACUUCAACAUGAAGUGCCCGACCCCUGGGUGUAACUCUUUAGGCCACCUCACAGGAAAGCAUGAGCGCCAUUUUGCCAUAUCAGGGUGUCCUCUGUACCACAAUCUGUCUGCUGACGAGUGUAAGGUUAAAGCCGUCAGCCGCGAGAAGCAAGAGGAAGAGGGGAAGGUGCAGGAAGACAACAGUGCUAGACACGCUACUCGUCACCAGACACCCACGCCGAAGCAGAGCAGAUACAAGGAGCAGGUGACGGAGAUCAGGAAGGGGCGAAACUCUGGUCUGCAGAAAGAGCAGAAAGAGAAGCACAUGGAGCAUCGGCAGACGUACGGCAACACCAGAGAGCCCCUCCUCGAGAACAUCACCAGCGAAUAUGACCUGGAGCUGUUCAGAAAAGCCCAGGCCCGUGCAUCUGAAGAUCUGGAGAAGCUGCGUAUCCAGGGUCAGAUCACAGAGGGCAGCAACAUGAUCAAAACCAUCGUGUUUGGCCGCUAUGAGCUGGACACCUGGUACCACUCGCCCUAUCCUGAGGAGUACGCUCGUCUCGGUCGAUUGUACGUCUGCGAGUUCUGCCUGAAGUACAUGAAGAGCCAAACCAUCCUCAGGAGACACAUGGCUAAGUGUGUGUGGAAGCAUCCUCCAGGAGACGAAGUGUACAGGAAGGGUUCCAUUUCUGUGUUUGAAGUCGAUGGCAAGAAAAAUAAGAUUUAUUGCCAGAACCUGUGUUUACUUGCCAAACUCUUCCUGGACCACAAAACCCUUUACUACGACGUGGAGCCGUUUCUCUUCUAUGUCAUGACCGAGGCCGACAACACCGGCUGUCACUUAGUGGGAUAUUUCUCGAAGGAGAAGAAUUCGUUCCUAAACUACAACGUUUCCUGUAUCCUGACGAUGCCGCAGUACAUGAGACAGGGAUUUGGCAAGAUGCUCAUUGACUUCAGUUAUCUGCUGUCCAAGGUGGAAGAGAAAGUGGGCUCGCCAGAGAGGCCUUUGUCUGACUUGGGCCUCAUCAGCUAUCGUAGCUACUGGAAGGAAGUGUUGCUCAGAUACAUGUACAACUUUCAGGGCAAGGAGAUCUCCAUCAAAGAGAUCAGUCAGGAAACAGCAGUGAAUCCUGUGGACAUCGUGAGCACGCUGCAGUCUCUGCAGAUGCUGAAGUACUGGAAGGGAAAGCACUUAGUCCUGAAGCGACAGGACUUGAUCGACGAGUGGAAAGCAAAGGAAAUCAAACGAGGCAACAGCAACAAAACCAUCGACCCCAGCUCGUUAAAGUGGACCCCCCCCAAAGGGACAUGAGCACAAGACCCUCAGGCUACUUUGAACCGCGUCACCUCCAGCCUCACGUGCCACAAGUAGCCUAGACCCUUCAAUAACCAUCAGUGUUCUGCUUGUUUUGCUUUUUUAUCCUGUUCAUUUCUACGCAUUUCGCUCAUGAUUUAAUUAUUCUAAUUUGACUUUCCUUCAUGCUGUCCAGCAUCGUUCGUUCCCGGUAAAGCUCAAUAACUGAAGGUGGAGACGGUCCCGAUUCGGUGGAUGACAUGAAUGUUCUGCUUUGAGUUUAUUGCAUUAUGUUCUAGCGGCGUUCCCGCGUGGUUCAUAUUUCUAAGAAGUAAUGUGCAUCCUUACGUCUGUGGUCAUUCCUGUCUGUUGGCAUAAACUGAAACUAAGCAGGGUAUAUUUUUUAGAAAGCAGGAGUCCUUGUCUUUGGUUUACAUGAAUGGUUGUAUAGAUGGAUUUAGUUUUCCUUCCCAUAGCUUUUGUUAGUACAGGAUUUGGACCCAUUCCUCUGGUGAACCUGCCAAAUAUCAAACGCAAAUUGUGUUUAAUGAGCUUAGAAGAGAAAACUAACAGUAGAGAUGCACAAUAACAGGCUCAGGUUUUUGUACCGAUACAAUCAUACCUUGCUUGUGCGGUUCCUCUGAAACGUGGAUCUGGCUGGUUGUAGAAGGACUCGCUCCGGUUAAAGAUUCUGUAAUAAAACAUUCGAAUGAGA